AUGUCGCACCAACAGGACGUCGAAGCACAGAAUCCACCUGCACCAACGGAGCCUGCGCAUCAUUCUGCAGCGGUCGAUUCGGGGAUUGACGCUGGCUCGUCGUCUGAAUUCGAUCAAGAGAAUAACGGGGAGCAUGCACUUGAAGCGCAAGAUGAUACUAGCGAAGCAUCGACGGAUGAAGGCUACGCCGACUCCGACACAUCCUCCUUCCUCUCCAGCAUCCUCUCCUCCGUGCGCCGCGGCGUAGAAAUAGAAGGCCGCCUGUACCCCACCUACGGAAAACACGACUACGGGAUGCCAAUAGACGAAGCAGAACUUGACCGCAACGACCUCCAGCACCAUAAAUACACCCUCUUACUCCGAGACCGCCUAUUCGCAGCACCGAUCCCGGAUGCUGUAUUAAGUACUGGAAAUUCAAGGAUACUGGAUCUAGGUACUGGCACAGGAAUCUGGGCAAUAGACAUGGCAGACAAAUACCCCAACGCCUCAGUCCUAGGCGUAGACAUAGCAGCCACCCAACCAACCUUCGUCCCCCCAAACUGCUCCUUCGAAAUCGACGACGUAGAAGAAGAAUGGGCAUACCGACCUUCCCACUUCGAUUUCAUACACGGCCGCGAUCUCAUGACCGCUGUACGCGAUUGGCCGCGUCUAGUAUCCCAAGCCUACACGCAUCUAAAACCAGGCGGCUGGAUCCAGCUCGCGAGUACGAUACCGGGCGGGCUGUCGGAUGAUGGGACUAUACCGCCGGAUUCAGGGUAUUUGGAGUCGGCCCGUGUGUAUUUUGAGAUUGCGGAGAGGAUGGGUGCGCCGCUUGAUGCGCCGAGGGAGUGGGGGAAGCAGAUGGAAGAGGCGGGGUUUAUUAAUGUGACGGAUGAAGUGUAUAAGUUACCUAUGGGGCCGUGGCCACGGAGUAAGCGGCUGAGGACGAUAGGGAAGCUGGAGCAGAUUAUGAUUUUGGAGGGGGGUUUUGAGGCGUAUAUGCUACGAGGGUAUACGCAGGUGUUGGGGGGUCGGGCGGAGGAUUUGCAGAUUAUAUUGGCUUUGGCGAAGAGGGAGGUUAGGGAUCCAAGGAUGCAUACGUAUGUGCAGUUUCAUGUUACGUGGGCGCAGAAACCGCCCGUGUAG